UAGGGCUUUAAGUUUCCUCCAAAAAAAAAAUCCAAUCGAAUCGCAGUGGCAGCAGUAACUCCGCCUCUCGCCGACGGCCGGCUCCGGCGAGAUGAUCUCCGAAAUCUCCGCGACGGAGGUGCGCCUCCUCCUGCUCCAAGCCGCCGCCGAUUCUAACCUCGAUUCCGUUCGCCGCCGCCUCUGCCAGUUAGUCGACUCCGGUCUGGAUGGAUGCAUUUUGCUUCUCCAAGUUUGUUUGGAUCAAGUGCUCCUCAAACCUCACCAGCUGGACAAAUCUAAACAUGAUCUUUUAUCUGCCGUUUUCAGAUACUGUAUGGAUAAAACAUACUUCACCACCUGUUUUUGUGAGGCUCUUGGACCGAUGCCUGCCACCCAUGGCGAUGGCUUCCUCAAAACCUUAUCAAAUGUCCUGGAACUCUCACCAGCUGAGAGAGUUGGCAUUGGACUUGCCCUGUCAGAUUCUGAGGAUUCAGGCCUCAAGCUCAAAGGGCAACAGUUUUCAAUUGCUCAAAUUGAGGGGUUGUGUUUAAAUCUUCUUCAAUCGCCAUCAAAUGACCAAAUUCACGACAUUGUCAUCUUUCUUCACCAGACUGAUGGGCUGUCAAAGCAUAUGGAUACUUUUAAUACCAUUAUAUCUCUAUUCAAAACCAAAGAGACACCGUUUUUUGCUCCUACCCCAUUUAACAAGUGCGAUAUUCAGUCAAGGCAUCUGGACAUGUGCUUUGGCAGCAUGGAUUACGAUUCUGAGUUGCUUCUGUCUGAAAUUGAGAAAGAAAUUACCAUGGCAGACAUCGUAACUGAGUUGGGUUAUGGAUGCACAGUUGAUACCACUCAUUGUAAGGAAAUUCUUUCCAUAUUCGAGCCUCUUGAUGAUGUAGCAGUAUCAAAGUUGGUUGGGGCAGUUAUUGGCACUCAUAAUGUCCUUGUGGAGGCCCACAAUACAUAUGCUAUGUUUGUAUCGGCUAUUAGCAACAUGAAUGAUUCACCUCAAUUGACUACAUGGAACACUGACGUUCUUGUGGAUUCGAUCAAUGAACUUGCCCCUAGCACUAACUGGGUGCAUGUAAUGGAAAAUCUUGAUCAUGAGGGUUUCAAUGUUCCUGAUGAAGCAGCCUUUUGUUUGCUGAUGUCUAUAUAUGCCCAUCCUUGCAAGGAGCCUUUUCCACUUCAUGCUGUUUGUGGGUCAUUGUGGACGAAUACAGAGGGUCAAAUUUCAUUCUUAAAGCAUGCAGUUUCCGUUCCUACUGAUACAUUUACAUUUUCGCAUUGUUCGAGGAAGCUGGCAUUUCCGGACUUGGCCUGUCCUAUUCAAGACAAUCAUGCUUGGUUCUGCCUUGACCUUAUGGUGGUUUUAUGCCAACUUGCUGAAGUUGGACACACCGUGUCAGUACAAUCAAUGCUGGAGUAUCCUCUACAACAUUGUCCUGAACUCUUAAUUGUUGGUCUUGGACACGUUAAUACUGCGUAUAAUCUCCUCCAAUAUGAAGUGCAGUCUCGUGUAUUUCCUGCCAUACUGAAGGAUGCUACAAAAAGCAAUGUGGUGAACUAUCUCUGGCAGAUUAACCCAUCCCUCACUCUUCGAGGAUUUGUUGAUGCUCAUUCUGAUCCAGAUUGUCUUCUGAGGAUUGUUGAUGUGUGUCGAGACCUGAAGAUCCUAUCUGCUGUGCUUGAUUCUACCCCUUAUGCAUUCAGCAUUAAACUGGCUGUUGCUGCCUCUAGGAUAGACCAUAGCCAUCUUGAGAAAUGGUUGAUUGCAAAGUUACGUGUCUGCAAAGACGAUUUUCUUCAGGAUUGUGUUAGUUUCUUGAAAGAAACUAUGAGCAAUGCAUCUUGUGCUCUAGAAGGUACAAUUCAAGAAUCUCAAGCUGUUGUUAUGAAUAUAUAUCGGGAGUAUUGUCCUCACUUUAUAAAGAUUCUUCAGUAUCAGUCAGGGCAUCUCUUGUCCAAUCAAAAAUUGGAUGAACUAAGAAAAUCAUAUAUUUCUUAUGAGUUGAGAAAUCAUGAUUCUGUUGUAAGGGGGAUCCCUACUUCAGAUAAUGUUGAAAUAGAGGCAGAUGCUUAUUUUCACCAGAUGUUUUCUGGACAGAUAAGCAUUGCUGCAAUUGUACAGAUGCUAUCUCGCUUCAAAAAUUCUCCAGAAAAAAGGGAGCAAUUGAUUUUUAAGUGUAUGAUAUCAAAUAUGUUUGAAGAAUACAAGUUCCUCCCGAAGUAUCCUGAUAAGCAGCUUAAACUGUCAGCUCUUUUGUUUGGAUCUCUUAUUAAGCAUCGACUUGUGACCCACCUUGAGCUCGGAAUUGCUCUACAUGCUGUUCUUGAUGCCUUGCACAAAUCUGUUGAUUCAAAGAUGUUUAUGUUUGGCACAACAGCAUUGGAACAGUUUAUGGACCGUCUUAUAGAGUGGCCAGACUACUGCAAUCAUAUAUUGCAGAUUUCCCAUCUUUGUGGGGCACACACUGAAAUGGUCUCAGCAAUUGAGAGAGCCCUUGCUAGGAUCUCAUCGAGCCAGAAUGAGCUCAGCGUUAACAUCUCAGUCUCUUCUGAGCAGCAUGUCACUGGUUUGGCACCGAUUGAACCAAUAGAGGCUUCUGAUCAACCAUCUUCAUUACCUUCCCCUCAUCAAUUGUCCAGUGUGCCAUCUACUAUGCAUGCUACUGUUUUUUCACAUCCUCAAAGUUCCUGCUCAGGGUUGCCUCGACAGCCUUCCAAUUCUACAGGAUUUGGAACUCCUUUAAAUAUUGGGACACUUGUAGCAGCAGCAGAGCAAAGAUACACAUCCAUUGAGUCUCCUCCAUCUGAAGUUCAGGACAAGAUCAUGUUUAUGAUUAAUAAUAUAUCAAUCUCAAAUAUGGAGGCUAAGGCAAAAGAAUGUAUUGAGGUACUCCCAGAAUGUUAUUAUCCUUGGUUUGCACAAUCCAUGGUCAUGAAAAGGGCAAGCAUUGAACCAAAAUUUCAUGACUUGUAUUUGAAGUUCUUUGUCAAAGUGAACUCAAGAUUCUUAAACAAAGAAGUACUGAAGGCUACAUAUGAGAACUGCAAGAUAUUGUUAAGAUCGGAUCUUAUCAAAUCUAGUUCUGAGGAACGCUCCUUGCUAAAAAAUCUGGGAAGCUGGCUAGGAAAAUUCACCAUCGGGAGGAACCAGGCAUUACUAGCUAAGGAAAUUGACCCAAAAGUUCUUAUUGUAGAGGCAUAUGAGAAAGGACUGAUGAUAGCAGUCAUUCCAUUCACUUCAAAGAUUCUUGAACCUUGCCGGUCAAGUAUAGCAUACCGUCCUCCAAAUCCCUGGACAAUGGGGAUUCUUAGUCUGCUUGCUGAGAUCUAUAAUCUACCAAACCUCAAGAUGAAUCUAAAAUUUGAGAUUGAGGUUCUGUUUAAGAACCUUGAUGUGGAUCUGAAAGAUGUAAACCCAACUUCCCUCCUUAAGGAUAGAGUAUGUGAAGUUGAGGGAAAUCCAGAUUUUUCAAACAAAGAUGUUGCUGCAUCUCAAACCCAAAUCUCUUCGGGCAUCAGUCGCUCAACAAACCAUGUGGAACUGCAGUCAGUUAUCAGUAGCACUUCCCAUGCUGUGAGCCUUCCAAAUUAUGCAACUCCUCAUCUUCCUUCAAAUAGCAUGGUAGAAGAUGACAAUGUUGCUUUCAUGAUGCCUAAGCAUGUUUCCUCGCAUACUUUGACCCAGGUUUCACCAUCAGAAACAGCAUUGGCAUCACAAUCUCCAUUUUCUCUUACUCAGCUUGUGAAAUUGAUACCACAUGAUGAGAUACGCUGCAAAAUAAGUUCGAAACUUGGCUCUCUUGGUCGACAAUUGCAAUACAGCAAAAUCAUGGACACAGCUUUGGACAAGGCUAUUAAAGAGAUAUUGUGCCCUGUUGUUGAAAAAAGUGUGGGCACAGCAAUCCAAAAUACAAAAAAACUUAUUCUGAAGGAUUAUGCACUGGAGUCAGAUAACAAUACCAUAAAAUCUUCUGUACAUUCAAUAGCCAGGACAAUAGCUGGAAAUCUAGCCUAUGCUAAUUGCAAGGAACCUCUUUGUGUUGCACUAACAGAUCAUCUUCAAAGUCAGAUUCAGACGCUCACUAGUAACAACAAAACUAUCAAGCAACUAAUCGAUGUUCUAAUCAAUGAUAACCUGGAUCUUGGCUGCAGAAUUAUUAAGUCUGUUGCAAUGUGCAAGGCUAUUGAAAUGAUUGACGAAGAAAUAACAGAGUCUUUUCCACUACAAAAGAAACAAAGGGAGGCAGCUGGCUCUGCAUACUGUGAUGCUUUUACCCAUGCUCAGGGUCGAUUUGCACAUGAACCUGAAGCACUGCAUCCUAAACAUGAGCAUCUAUCUGUUGCCCAACAAGUGUACGAGGACUAUGUUCAUGUAUGGCAGAGCCAUAGCCAACAUGUUGACGCUUCAUGUUUUGGUCAGUCUGGUAAAGCUACUUGCUCAAGCAAUUUUAUUGUACCUCGAGCAUACAGUCCAAAUUCAGCAUCAGCGACCUCCAGUGAUUGUACUGCUGCUCAAACUGCGCCAUUUAUAUAUAAAUUGACAGAACUGUUGUCUGAGGAAUUGAUCGCAGAACCUUCGAGUGUUUGUCCUGCUCAAGUUGGUCUCUGUGACUCUUCUGCUCUACAUGGUGGACCCAGUGGUGUUACAUCAACUUUUCCUCCAGAGAACAAUUUUCAUGUUAUGCGCCUAUUUAAUGACUGGUGCCAUACAUGUGAUCAUCCAAGUUCUGCUGAUGUGGCAUAUGGCCGUUUUGUUAUGCAUCUGCAACAGAUUGGCGUGUUGAUGGGAGAUGAUAUUACUGAGCGCUUCUUCCAUAUUUUCACCGAACUUGCUGUUAAACACUCUCUAGUCCCCAAUCAGAUUGUUGCUACUGGUGGAGUGUCUCAGAAGUCAUCACAACAACUCAAAAUUUCAUAUUUCCCAAUUGAUUCUUUUUCGAAGCUUGUAGCUAUGGUGCUCAAGUACUCAUCUGCUGAAACAGGACCAAAUAAAUGCAGCCUUCUUCCCAAGAUUUUGUUAGUGGCAGUUAGGAUCAUUCAGAGAGAUUCUGAAGAGAAGAAAGCAUCAUUCAAUCCCCGGCCAUACUUUCGGCUUUUUAUAAGUUUGCUAUAUGAUCUUAUUUCUUCUGACCUCCAUAGUGAUGGUGCUAAUUUCCAGGUUUUGAUUGCAUUUGCAAAUGCAUUCCAUGCACUGCAACCCUUGAGAAUUCCUUCCUGGAGCUUUGCUUGGCUUGAGUUGGUGAGUCACAGAACUUUCAUGCCAAGUCUGUUGAUGUGCGAUUCGAGAAAAGGGUGGCCUUUCUUUCAGCGUCUAAUUCUUGAUCUGUUCAAAUUCAUGGAGCCAUAUUUGAGAAAUGUUGAACUUGGAGAACCAAUGUGUCUUAUGUACAAAGGAACUAUGAGGGUGCUACUUAUACUACUGCAUGACUUUCCUGAAUUUCUGUGCAAUUACCACUUCAGUUUCUGUGACAUGAUUCCUUCCAGUUGCAUUCAAAUGCGCAAUGUCAUUCUUGAUGCUCAUCCACAAGACAUGAGAGUGGUAGAUCCAGCUAGUCCUAAUUUGAAGCAGAUUGAUCUGUUACCGGAAAUUUCAAUGGCUCCACAAAUCAUGUCGGAUGUUGAGGGUGCUCUGAAAUCAAAGCUGAUGAAGACUGAGGUUGAUGAGUACUUCAAGAAAUCAGAAGGCUCUUUGUUUCUUAGUGAUCUGAAGCAAAAGUUAUUGCUGCCACAAAAUGAAACUAGUGUUGCCGGGACACGCUACAAUGUUCCUCUCAUUAAUUCGCUUGUUCUCUAUGUCGGUAUCCAAGGUUUGCAACAGCAACAAACGGAGUCUAGUGCAUCUGGUCCAGCAAUCCAUACUGCCCACAUGGAUAUUUUCAGAACUCUUAUGGCAGACUUGGACACAGAGGGCCGGUACCUUGUUUUGAAUGCAAUAGCUAACCAGCUGCGUUACCCUAAUAUCCAUACACACUGCUUCUACUUCAUCAUCCUGCAUCUGUUUUCAGAAGCUACCCAGGAAAUUAUCCAGGAUCAGAUAAUGAGGGUUAUCUUGGAACGUCUAGUAGUGAGACGUCCUCAUCCUUGGGGCUUACAAAUGACUUUGGUUGAACUGAUUAAGAAUCCACGUUACAAGCUGUGGAGCCGACCUUUUAUACGCUGUGGACCACAGAUUGACAAGGUGCUGAUCGAGUUUGUUGAUAUGUUGGAUGACCCGAGAUUGACCUCUUUAUACUCGUCUUUUCGCUCAAUUAAUUGAGCAUACUCGUCUCAAUUCUGCGAGAUGUACUACAGUACUAGUAUCUAUUAUCUCUGGGAGCUCGGGGAAAAACAAAACUUAUGUCUAUGUGAGUGAUCGCAUUAUUUCA